UAUGUUUUUUUUUUUUUUUUUUUAUUAGUAUUAACAAUCCUCUAGCUUUUGUCCCGCUUUAGCUAUGCUGGCGCGCAUGAUGCGCAUGAGCGAGAACGUUGCUGGUGUGACAUUGGUCGCCUUUGGCAAUGGCGCACCGGACAUAUUCAGUAGCUUGUCUUAUCUGAAUAGCGAUACUCGCCGCUUGUAUGCGGAUAUUUUUGCUUCGGGCCUUUUUGUUGUGCUUGUGGUAGCUGGCGCUGUCUUCUGCACCUUCCCCUUUGCCGCUCAGCCGUACUUGCUGCUGCGUGACGCACUGUUUCUCCUACUGGACGUAUGCGUCAUUGACUAUUUGAUUAAGAAGGACAAUGCUAUAUCGGUGAUUGACAGUGCAAUCACACUAUGCCUUUACUUUUGUUACUUGUUUGUGGUGCUAUUUGAUCAGUAUUUGGUGAGGCGCGCUACCCGAAUCUUGCAGGUUAGGCAUACCACUCAGAGGCAAACAAUGCUGGAAGAUCUAAUUCGACUUAAUGAUCUACGAAAUCAGGGCGCGCUAAGACGGGAACACAAUCUAUCGUUUCUUGACAAUGAAAGACACAGCGAAGUUGUACCUUCAUCACAGUCAUUAAAAAAGUUACUCUUCCGACAAUUCAUUCGAAGCCUUAACCCAUUUAAUCAAGCCGAAUGGGAAGAUGCCAAUUGUCUGAUGAAAGGAUUCAUCACAUUACGUAUGCCGAUCGUACUAAUUCUUACGAUCCUUAUUCCAAUUACCGACCAUGGAGAGGAAUAUCAUGGUUGGUCGCGCCUUCUGAAUUGUGUGCAGUGUUUACUUUUGCCAAUAUUUAUUUGUUAUGCUACAUGUAAGUGAAUUAUGUAUAUAUGUAUGCAUAUAUUUAUGUAUGUAUGUAGCCGUAAAUUUCAUUGGAUUUAAAUUUAUUUAAUAUACUAAUCCCAUAUAUCCGCUGGGCAUAGAAAUGUGAAAAAUUUUAAUAACAAAGGUAGGUGGUGAUUAAAUAAUACCCAUGUCAUUGUUUCCACAUAAUAUUUUUUAAAUUGUAAAUACUUUUUGUCAACUCUGUCGUUGAAGUGCCCAGUGGAAAUUUGACAUAGCAUACUAUACUUAAGCAAUUACAAGGUGCAUUCCAAAGUAAAUACGGAAAACAGAGCAAUGCAUCUUAAUGUUUUCUUCGCGGAACUCUUAUUAAACACUUUUUAUAAAUUUAAGUUUCAUUUAGGGCUAUUAAUAGUUUUUAUUAUAAUUUCUUUUUUGAAAACGUUAAAUCCAAUUUGAGGUCAUCUUUAGACGUGGCGCGCGAGGAUGCUCUAAAGUAAAAAAGUUAUAACGAAAAGUAUUUCAUAUUGGUAGUGAAUGACAGAGGGUUGCCACCUAUUUUAAAUAUUAAAUCCGAGAAUCUCUAAAAAUGGUGAUGAACUCUCUGUGAAUGCCGCUUAUGGCUUGUCCGUACGCCAUCGAGUUCAAUGGUUGGGUAAUGUAUGUCAGCCAGAAACUGCUGACAUUCAGGCAUGUUCCUGAGUCGUAUAGUUGCGGUUGCCCUUCGGCAGGUAAUGGAAAACCUCCGAAUAUACUCUGCCAAGAAAAACUGCUUCGCAUAAAAGUACAAUCGCCGUUCGGAGUCGGCGUAAAACUUUAGGCCCCUCCUUAUCAGACGACCACCUUCUUGCUUCAGUGUUAUUUAAUUCGAUGAAGUUCUUAGCCAUACUGUUCGUUUUAUGGUUUGCUUAUUGCUCAGCAGACCUCUCGGUUUGUUUCACUUUUGUAAGCCUUUGGACUUCCCUGCUACUCUAUCUGCGUAGUUAAAUCCUGUUGGAAGUUAAUGCUCCUGUUGGAAGCUUUUUGUUAAGGAUGUUGAGGUUGAAGUUUUGCGUUAAGUAUCCACAAGUGGAUCUAUCUGUACUCCGGGUAAACAACAGACUAAACUUUGCAACAGAGACAAAGACAUGUGGCGCCAAAGACAUCGGUCCAAACCGAUAGAAGGUUGUAGUGCCCAAACAAGAAGAAUAAGUUUUUCUCCAUAAGUUUUUUUUUUCACUCAGAUAGAGAUUCGCCAGUAGUCACAGUACAACCAAAAGUUCAAUU